AUGUAUAUAUAGAAUGAUAUAUUGUAUAUGUAUAUAUACGUGUGUGUUCCCUUCUUCACUCUGGCAUCCUGCCAACUAUAAUUACCUAAACGUGGAAGGCAAUAAAACGGGCCCAGGCAUCCGGUCGGUCUGAGUAAAUGAUGGGUUCAGAGUUUACUGAACAACGUGCAGGGCAUACACAAUCACGCACACACACGCAAAGGUUCCAAGAGUGUGAGCGGUGUGGGGGCUUAUUUUCUCAAGUGAAUUUGAACAUUUCUCUCCUUCUUCUUGGAUUUUGUCCUAUUUUUGUCUAACAGCUGAUGCCUGGGAGUUUGUGAAAGCAAAAAUAACUCCCCUUAAAACAGGUUUAAACAGCCUCCCCCUAAUACCUCCUCUCCAUCUGUCAGAGUGUUUUGCAGCCUCUUGCCCCUCCUUCCUCCCAUAUGGCCAUCCCGUAGUAAUCCCAGGCCACAUUUCCCUUCCCCUCAAUCUCCAACUUCCCACUUUCACCCUCCAAGUGCUUUCUGCCCUCCCGUCCCAAGUGCCAGUUCAGAUGGGGGUCCUGGCGGCGCUGGUCGCUCUGCUCUGCGUGUGGGCCCCUCAAGCGAGCGGAGCCGAGGGGUGCGGCGGUUUCAAACACCUGGAGAACGGCCAGACGUUUUUCCGUUACGGUGGACUGCUGGUGAUCUUCCGCUGUCGUCCAGGCUACAAGCUCCAUGGAUACAAGACCAACAGCUGUGUGUCUGAGCACUGGUCUCGUGACACCCCAGUCUGUGUCGGCUCCGGCUGCUCCAACCCGGGCCCGCUCAGCCACGGGACGAGCAGCACGAAUGAGGACGGCUCCUGGGUGGUGUUCAGCUGCAAUGCUGGCUUUCAUCUGCAUGGGCCGUCGAUGUUGUACUGCAAGGGCCCUUCCUGGAACAGCACGACGCCUACAUGCAAAGAGUCCGACAUGAUGCGUUCAGUUUUACAUGUCAAUAUGCAAGCUCCAAACUCAAGUCAGGCUGCCGUAGCUCUGAAAACCCAACAACAAUCCCGUUACGACGCCCUCACGCAUACCGCUUCCCAAGGAGAAAACCUCCAAUUAGCCUUUUCUCAAACGCCGUCCCAAAUGUCCGACAGGGAGAGGAUUAAAGUGACCAACCCAAAAGUGCAACAGAAUGUUCAGUUUCCCGAUUUUAAAGUCAAAGAUGGAGUCCGGACCAAUCAUGUUGAGGCUCAGCUUCAGGCUGCAGAGGAGCCUGCAGGCGGGACGCAUGACUCGCAGGCAGGCGAGGAGGCAGAAAAGUUGGACGGUGGAGUCGACUCUAAAUUACAUCCGUCUGCCACAGACUCGUCUGACUUACUAUCAUCGCCUGCAACGGAUGAAUUGACGUCCUCUCCGCUGUCACGUUCUGCAGCCCAAACACCAGCUAUCACUGCUGUCACCAAGACUGAGACAUUGCCACGCCACCUCACAACAUCUCCUGCUCCUGUCCCCGGCAGUCACAUCGUGCUACAUUUUGGAGAACCUGUCACGUCCCAGGCCGACGUGAUUCCUUCUGAAGUAGCAACGGGCUCUUCACAAACUGCAGAUGAGGAGCAACCGGCUGAAACUGGCUUCCACUAUCCUCCUCAGGCUGGUCCUUCCUCCACUCCAUCGCCUCCUUCCUACCUACCGGCCCCCAUUCCGCCCAUGUCUGCCUCGACGUCCUCAAGUCCCAGCGCCGCCCAGUCCAAUGAGAAGACACAUGUGACCACGGGGCCAGGAUCUCACCAGGGCCGAUCCUACGGCGCCGCCCUCAACUUGCCUCUGCCGUCUCAGAGAGCCGAGUGCAGGCACCCGCCCGCGCCCGCUCACGGGACCUUCUACUCCCAUUCUGUGGUUGAACACGGCAGCAGAGAGCUCAUGCAGUACAUCCAGUAUGUCUGUUACCCCGGUUACACGCUGGCUGAUGGAGACACACACAGCUACUGCCAGCGGGGAGGCACCUGGAGCGGAAUCACUCCGGUGUGUCUGGAGGCAGCACCUUGUUCAGUUGACCACGGAGGAUGCUCCCAGCUGUGCUCGCACUCAGAACAUCACAACCACAGCGCCAGCCGGGCCCGCGUCCGACCUCGGUGCCACUGCAGGGCUGGAUUCACUCUGCAGCCCGACGGGCGAACUUGUCGAGAUAUCGACGAGUGUGCCGUUAAUCGGGGGCUCGGGGCGUGUGCGGAGCGGUGCCUUAACUCCCCGGGAUCCUACCAAUGUGCCUGCUCGUACGGUUACAUCUUAGCCGGAAACGGGCACAGCUGCGUGGCAGAGUGUCCACCCGGGUACAGGAAGCAACCCGCAGCAACAACGCCAGCAAAUACAACCGCCCCGGCUCUCCGGGAGGAGUGUGUCGAUAUAAAUGAGUGCCAGGAGGAAACGUGUGAGGGACAGUGCGUCAACCUCCCAGGCUCCCACCGCUGCAUCUGUCCCAGAGGACAUGCACUGCACACAGAUGGCCGACGCUGCAAAGACAUUAAUGAGUGCAGCCGGAGGAAUGGAGGGUGUUCCCACCUGUGUUUGAACCAAAAAGGUGGCUAUAAAUGUGCCUGCCCGGGCUCCCAUCGGCUCUCCCCCUACAGCUGGAGGAAAUGUUUACCAAGGACAACAGCGGCCUCUGCUGGCCGGGCAGUGUGAAGACACACUUUAACACAAUGUCAAAAUGCGUUUACUUAUACAAUGUCGCUGUGGAAGAAACAACAAAUAAACUCUGAAAUUGAAGCAAGUUACAGCAGCUUUCCACUGGAUAAAUGUCCUGUGUGUAAACGUGCUUCUUCCCACCAGCCUGAUCUUCUUACUUUUCACUCCGAUCACCACAGUGAAAACAGCAGCCCGAUCUUGCAUUUCUUAUUAUGAAAUUACCUGCACGUUAGAUUGUCAGAUUCCAUCUCUCUCUACCCACCACUUCAAAAUGAAAGCCUUAAUAGAGUGACCUGGUAAGAAGGAAGCUGUGGGGAAGCUUAUUUUUCAAAACAGAAGCCCCAAACUCUGAAUGUUAACUUGAAACUAGGCAUUCAAAUAAAUGUGGGUUCUUCAAUAGUAUUGCAGACAUCUGUACGUUCUGUGUUUGCUUGGAUUCAAAUCCAAUAUUGCAUUGUGUCAGAGUCCACCCCAAAAAGCAACAGCUGGAGCUCCGAUUGGCUAACUGCUGUUUCUCAGCAAUCAGAGCUCCUCUUGCUGAUGGUUAGAGAAAACGAUAUGUGCCGCCGUUAAUAAACAAAUGAUUUUACCAUCGUUAGUCAAAUUAUUUUAAUUAUUGCAUGAACAUGCAUAAUGUUCAUGAUUUUCGGGUUAGUAAUAAAAUACAUUAACCGUU